AUGCCUAACGCCAUUGGGAUCGAUCUUGGUACAACAUAUUCGUGUGUUGGUGUUUUCCAGCAUGGCAAAGUGGAGAUAAUUGCCAAUGAUCAGGGUAACAGAACGACACCGAGUUAUGUGGCGUUCACAGAUGCUGAGCGUUUAAUUGGUGAUGGAGCGAAGAACCAAGUGGCGAUUAAUCCAACAAAUACAGUGUUUGAUGCGAAGCGGCUAAUCGGUCGUCGGUUCGAUGAUCCAUCAGUGCAGAGUGAUAUGAAGCAUUGGCCAUUCGAGGUGGUUCAAGUCGGUGGGAAGCUGAAGAUUCGUGUUGAAUAUAAGGGUGAGAAGAAGUUGUUCUCCGCGGAGGAGAUUUCGUCAAUGGUGUUGACGAAAAUGAAGGAGGUUGCUGAAAGUUAUUUGGGCAGGACGGUGAGUGACGCGGUUAUAACAGUUCCUGCUUACUUCAAUGACAGUCAACGUCAAGCGACUAAAGAUGCAGGUGCUAUAGCUGGUCUUAAUGUGUUGAGAAUCAUUAACGAGCCGACAGCUGCGGCAAUUGCCUAUGGUUUAGACAAGAAGGUUGGUGGUGAGCGUAAUGUGUUGAUAUUUGAUUUGGGUGGUGGUACAUUUGAUGUGUCCAUCUUGACGAUUGAGGAUGGUAUAUUCGAGGUGAAGUCUACUGCUGGUGAUACACACUUGGGAGGUGAAGAUUUUGACAAUCGUCUAGUGGAUCACUUUGUGAAAGAGUUCCAGAAGAAAUUCGGUAAAGACAUUCGUGACAAUAAGCGUGCAUUGCGUCGCUUGAGGACAGCGUGUGAACGUGCGAAACGUACAUUGAGUUCGAGCACCCAGACAAAUCUGGAGAUUGACUCGUUGUGUGAUGGUAUUGAUUUUUACACGUCGAUUACUCGUGCACGAUUUGAGGAGUUGAAUGCCGAUCUAUUCCGUGGUACAUUGGAUCCUGUUGAGAAGGCUUUACGCGAUGCUAAGAUGGAUAAAGCCCAGAUUCACGACAUAGUGUUGGUUGGUGGUUCCACUCGUAUCCCUAAGGUGCAGAAGCUGUUGCAGGACUUCUUCAACGGGAAGGAGUUGAACAAAUCCAUUAAUCCGGAUGAAGCUGUGGCUUAUGGUGCAGCUGUGCAGGCAGCCAUUCUAAGUGGUGACAAGUGUGAGGCUGUGCAGGACUUGCUGUUGCUUGACGUGGCUCCACUGUCACUGGGUCUUGAAACGGCUGGAGGUGUGAUGACGGCUCUGAUUAAGCGUAACACGACAAUUCCGACGAAGCAGACUCAAACGUUCACGACGUACUCGGACAACCAGCCUGGUGUGCUUAUUCAGGUGUUCGAGGGUGAGCGUGCUCUGACGAAGGACAACAAUCUGCUUGGCAAGUUCGAACUCUCAGGUAUCCCACCUGCUCCUCGUGGUACUCCCCAGAUUGAGGUGACGUUUGAUAUAGACGCGAACGGUAUUCUGAACGUAUCUGCUGUUGACAAGGGUACAGGGAAACAGAACAAGAUAACGAUCACAAAUGACAAGGGUCGUUUGACGAAGGAGGAGAUUGAACGGAUGGUAGCUGAUGCGGACAAGUACAAGGCUGAGGAUGAGAAGCAGAGAGAUCGUGUUUCUGCGAAGAACUCGCUUGAGAGUUAUGUGUACACAAUGAAACAGCAAGUGGAGGGUGAGCUUAAAGAAAAGAUAUCUGAAAGUGAUCGUCAAGUGAUAUUAAGUAAGUGUGAGGAUACAAUUGGUUGGUUGGACCUCCAUCAGUUGGCGGAGAAGCAUGAGUAUGAAAAUAAGCGGGAGGAGUUGGAGAAGGUCUGUGCGCCGAUAAUUACGAAGGUGUACCAGGCUGGUGGUAUGCCAGGAGGCAUGCAUGAAGCAGGUGGUGCUAGUGGUGGAAGUGGUAG